AUGGAACCAUUAGAACGCGUCCUUUCAGAGCACGAAGUUCUCGAUGGCGCGAUGCUGCCAGGAAAUGGAAAUUUCAAGUCUUUAUUUUUAUGAAGAACAAGAAGUUUAGAAGGGCGGUGGCGGUCGCCUAUUUAUUUAUUAAUAUUUGAUGUUGGUUUCUUGUUCUCAACAGUUUGAUCAUCAAAAAGAACAAUACUUGAAUGAUUCCACUCCUGCUAGUGCUAUUUCCUUGAAAUAUUCCCAUUGGGAUAAGAAUGAGUAGAGACCAUCUGGUUCUACUACUUCCUGAUUGUGAUUCUUCAUCUAAUUCUCGAAGAUAUUCUCGGAAGUUCCGUCGUGGAAAAAGCGGCAACGCGUUUGUUAACGCAAAUAGGGGAGCGAAAGCAGGCCGAACGAAAAGGAGGUCUUAGUGCUAAGGAUCUUCUGUCUUCUUCUAAGCAACUGCGCCUACAGGCAGCAAUUGCAGCACUGCUCAAGGAAGCGGAGCGCGAAGUAACUGUCCUUGAUGCUGAGGAUGGAGAAUUUCGCAAAGAACGUGUUUUCGUAAAUGGAUUUUUAGAAGUAGGAAAGAACACAAGCAAGACGAAAACUGAAGAACGGACUACUUCGAGACAGGCAGACGGCAAGCAGCAGCCCGAAUACCCGCAGAUGCGCACACUUGCGCGAAGCUUGGGUCGCGUCGUGCGGCUGCUACGUCAAGAGCUAGGAUUCACCAAUUUCUUCGUGCGACCCGACAUAAGAUCGCUAAUCCGCGGUUGGAAGUUAGAAGACGAGAUGGACCGCUUGCCGCCACAAUGGGCCAGUGCAGUAGAGGACGAGCAAGGCGUCUCCUACUCUCCUUUGGAGAAGGAACAACGGCGCUCACGAGAGCAGGCAGCGCAAGCAGGCUACCGUUCAGUGCAGGAAGGAGAUAAAGAAGGAAACGAAAGCAAAAAUGGGGUGACUGGUGCGAAGGUGUAUUACCGACGGCAAAGACUAAGACGUGCAAAUACUUCGUAUGCUGGAGGGAUUGGUGGUGCUGGUGAGGAGAACGAGAAGGAAGACGCAUAUUUACUAGCGGACGUAGAUGGAGAAUCCGCAAAUAAAACAAAAUCAAGCUCUCAGGCAAAAGAGUUUUAUUUCGUAGGCAGGCCACGCUCGCAGCAUCAGCAGCGUUUUCAAGACCACGAGGAUGACGACAUAGUGAUAACAGACACCAUCGCAGGGACUUUUUCAAAAAUGGCUGAGCAGUGGACUGACUCGCGAUACUUGUGCCAUUGGGCAUGGAUUCCAAUGCAUGGGGAUGCAGAGUAUUCGCGCAUGCACCUUCUGCAUUUAAAUCAGCACUUUUUGAAACAUAUCUGAUCUCUUCUUCGG